AUGCCGAAGACACCGAACUUAAGCAAACUAAAAGAAAGAGACCCAUCAAAGAAACAAGUAACUUUGUCAAAGUUUUUCUGUGUAAAACCGAAAAAAGACGAUGCUGCUGAUGUAAACAAACCUGUAGCUUCACCAUCAACAUGCAACUCGAUUCCGGCGGUGGAAGCGAGGAAGGUCCAUAGUGAAGGAGUGGGAAAGAAGAGACUUAUCCAUGAUGUUAGCACUGAAAAACAAAAUUUGCCAAAGAGGCAAAAAUGUGAUAUGUCAACCAAGUCAGAUGUGGAUUGUGAAACACCAGUGUCAUCACAUACAAAAAACCAUGAAGAUGUCACUCCCCCAAGACCAGUCUCGGCAAAAACUAAAUCUAAGCUCCAGAAUUUUUCAGCAACCAAAGACUGGGAUACUCACUCCAAGCAACCGAAACAGCGUGAAAGUAAUGCCUUGACUGGGUUUGCUGAAGAUACCCAUCCUGCCCAAGAUGACGGAUAUAUCAAAUCUGAUGGUGAAGGGACAAAUGCUUUAUCUUUUGAAAAUUCACUAAACCUUGUUAGCAGUGAUGGUGAAGGCUCCCAGCAAAGUGACAAAUUAACUUUGCAGAAUACUUUUAAAUCAGGCGUAAAAGGAGGACAUGGCGACAGGUCUAAAGAUGGUGCCACAGUUAACCAGCGGUCCAAGUCCCAGUACACACCUCUGGAGCUGCAGUUCAUGGAAAUCAAGAGCAAACACCCACACACUGUGCUUUUUGUGGAAUGUGGAUAUAAAUACAGGUUCUUUGGAGAUGAUGCAGAGAUUGCAGCAAAAGAAUUGAACAUUUACUGCCAUAUGGACCAUAACUUCAUGACAGCCAGCAUACCAACCCACCGUCUGUUUGUUCAUGUGAGGAGACUGGUGGCAGCUGGCUACAAGGUGGGAGUGGUAAAGCAGACAGAGACAGCAGCCCUGAAAGCUGCAGGAGAGAACAAGAGUGCACCGUUCACCAGGGAGCUUUCUGCUCUUUAUACAAAGUCUACUCUCAUUGGUGAAGAUGUAGAUCCACUUUGUUCUGUCAGCACAUCAGGUGAUAUGAGCCCCAACUGUUACCUGCUGUGUGUGUGUGAGGCUCAGAUGAAGGAAGAAGGCAGAGGCAAUAUCACAUUAGGCUGUGUGGCUGUGCAGCCAUCUACAGGGGAUAUCAUAUAUGACAGUUUCACAGACAACAGUUCUAGAACAGAGCUGGAGACCAGACUUGGCGUCAUUCAGCCUGUGGAGAUCCUCCUUCCUUUGGCAUGUAGUCAGGAAACGAAGAAACUCAUUAGCCAUUAUACCAGUUCAUGUGUUAAUGACAGUGACAGAUGUAGAGUGGAACAUCAGAAAAAUGAUAAGUUUGAAUACAGCAGAGCUCUUCAGUGUGUAGCAGAGUUUUACACUUCCAAUGGAAAUAAAGAUCAAGGUGAGAGAGGAAGUCUAUUCUGGGUUCUGAACAACACACUCACCAAGUUCGGUGACAGACUUCUGCGGAAAUGGGUGGCACAGCCAUUGCUGGAUGUAAGUGCUCUGAAUGACCGUCUAGAUGCAGUAACAGAGCUGAUGACAUCAGAAUGUGUAGCUCUGAGUAGAAUGAGAGAGGAAUUGAGAAAAUUACCAGAUUUGGAAAAGGGUCUCUGCACUAUAUAUCACAAAAAGUGUUCAACAUUAGAGUUUCUCAGGGUGACCCAGUCCUUGAGCAGAAUACAGAGUUUACUUCAUGAACACAGAGGCUUAAUGUCCAGUCAGCAAUCAGCAUGCAUGCUGAGAGAAAUAUUUGAACAAACACCUGUGUUACUAGAGGGCAUACAUGGAUUAUCAAAUGCAAUAAAUGAGAAAGCAGCCAAGGAAGGUGACAAGUGUAACCUGAUCACUGACGAGAGUCAGUUCCCAGAUGUGGUGAGGAUAAAGGCAGAGAUAGCACAGGUCACAACAAGCAUUCACAAUCAUCGCAGAGAUGUACGUCUGACAUUGAAGGCCCCUGCUCUGGAUUAUGUAACUGUGUCAGGUCAGGAGUUCUUAAUAGAAGUGAAAAAUUCUAACUUGAAGUUAGUGCCGUCUGAUUGGAAAAAAAUUAGCAUAACUAAAGCAGUUAGUCGGUUCCACUCCCCAUUUAUUGUAAAAGCAUACCAGAAACUGAAUGAACUAAGAGAGCAGUUGAUCCACGAGUGUAACAAAGCUUGGCUUGAAUUUCUUGAACAGUUUGGAGAGCACUAUUUGGCAUACAGGACUGCUGUUGGCAACUUGGCUACUUUGGACUGUCUCUUUUCUUUAGCUACAGUGGCAAAGUUAGCUGGCUAUGUACGGCCAACUUUUGUAAAAGACCAGGCAGUGAUUCAGAUAGAAGAAGGACGCCACCCUGUGGUUGACUUACUACUUGAUGGGCAGGACCAGUAUGUCCCCAAUGGGACUAAGUUAGAUGGCAGUGGCGAGCGUUGCAUGAUCAUCACAGGACCUAACAUGGGCGGUAAAAGUUCCUACAUCAGGCAGGUGGCGCUGAUCUCCAUCAUGGCCCAGAUCGGUUCCUAUGUUCCUGCCAAAGCUGCGACUGUGGGCAUCCUGGAUGCUGUGUAUACAAGAAUGGGUGCUUCAGAUGCCAUAUACCAGCACUGCAGUACAUUUAUGCUAGAACUUCAAGAGGCCUCAGAGAUCAUGUCUCAUGCCACAGAGCAGUCCCUAGUCAUACUGGAUGAACUGGGCCGUGGCACUAGUACACAUGAUGGUGUGGCCAUUGCUUAUGCUACACUCAGAUACUUUGUGGAAGAAGUGAAAUGUUUGACACUGUUUGUCACCCACUAUCCUAUCCUGUCCACACUGGAGACCCUGCUGCCUGGCUGUGUGGCCAACUACCACAUGUCAUUUAUGCUGGGCAAUGACACAACUUCAAGUGAAAAGAAAGAAGAGAAAGACAACACCAGUGAUACAGUCACAUUUCUGUAUCACUUAGUGCCAGGCAUGGCAGCAAAAAGCUAUGGUCUAAAUGUUGCCAGAUUAGCAGAUGUACCAGAAAAUGUCAUCCAAGUAGCCACAAGAAAAUCUCAUGAACUUGAGAGGAUAUUAGAGGAGAAAAGGAUACAAAAGGAGUUAUUUUUGAAGCUCAUUCAUGGAAAAGAAAAGAACUUCCCAGAAAUAUUCAAAGAGCUUGGGAGCAAAGACUGAAACAUUUUUCUUCAAGUGCAAUCUUCACUCUGGAUAAGUGCAAAUAUGCUUACAUUUAAUAACAAAAACCAGUUAUCCACAUUUUAUAAUGAGUAAAACGACUACAGCAGUGGAUGCUAAAAUCAUAUCUUAAUCUGGCAACUAUUGUUACGACAUGGUCUGGCCAUACCUCAUUGAGCUAUACAAAAACUUCAACACUGUAUAUCAGAAGGUAUAAAAUUAUGCAUUCAUGUGUAAUGAUAAGUGAAGUGACUGCUUAACAAGCAGCUGAUAAGCAAUUUAUUUGUGUGACAAACACCAUUAAAGAGACUUUUUCAUCUGAUGCAAGCUUUUUUGUUUGAUCAUACUUUUGAUACCAUUCUUUCUAUGAAUAUGUUAAAGCAUGAGAGGACAAUGAAGUUGUCUACACAGAAGACUUGUGGGAACUGUGGAUCCCUUGGACAUGGGUGUGUCUAAAUCUUUAUUCCAUCCAUACAUGGUGUAUAACAUUUGAUCAUACACCCCUGUAGCUCAGUUAUAUUUUUUAAAGCCAUUUUUAAUGAGUAGAAAUGUCCUUUUUUAAUUUUGUUCUUAUGCUCAAGGUACCAUAACCAACUUGGCUACAUGAACACAUUCUGUGCUCUGUUACUUGUAGUUUCCUAAUUGUUUUCAGUUGUUGUACUACUGCCAGUAACAUGUAAAGUAUUAGACUCACAUUUGUAAAAAAAUAAGUUGUUGGUAACCUCACUAAAUAUUGCACAUCAGGUUGAACUGGAAUGAAUUGGUUUCACUUGGGAGUUACUUCAGUCACUUGGUCUAACAACCUUGCUCCUGUGAUUAUGGAAGUGGUAGCAAUUAUAAAUUUGUAACCUGAAAAAAAAAGUCAAAUAUUGCAAGCAAUUUUUUCCUUAUUCGUUAUUUACUUGUGAGCCACUUAUUUUGAUUUACUGUUGUAUUCUAAAUCAUGCAGCAGGCAAAGGGUUGGAAGGACUUAAUUCAUGCUGACACUGAUUAACUUGCUUUCUGUGUGAAAUCAUUGGGCAUAAAACAACCUAUAGCCAUAUUUUUAUACCCUGUUUUAUCGGUAAACAACCACAUGAAUGUAGAAGAUUGCCUUAAAACCCAAUGUUUUUUUUGUACCCACCUUUGACUUUGCCAAGAAAACGAA